UGCUGGCGCUGUGAAGAUGAAGAAGACGAUGAAGAAGAUGAAGAAGGCCGCUGCGCAAGGCGAUUCACAUGGCGAUCGUGGACGAACCGAAUCACUUCUGGACGGCGAUUCACAUGAGAUUGACGAUCAUAGCAAUCUCGCGGGGGCCCAGAAAGGGACGAGGAAAUCUCAAGCGGAUCUUCAAGGUCCGGAUGGAAAUGACCAUGACGAAAAUAACGUUGACCUUGCAGAUGAGAUUAGGGGUAGGCUUUAGGUGUUUCGGUUACCGCUUGGUAUGGCACUCCUAAGGGGAGAGAGCAUAACGAACGGGGAACAGAAACACUAAGACCCUAGUGCCGCUAAUGAGAACGACGAGCAGGAUCAUGAGAAUGACGAGGAGGAAGCCGAUGGACCUGGUUUUGAGGAGGAAGAGCGUCAAAGGCAGGAAGUCGUUGGUAGAACACUAACGCAACAAUUUGGCCACAGAUCGGAAGCUGAUAUCGAAUUAGAGUCCUUUACACGCGUAAGAUUAAGGCUCAAACAAUGCAAUUCAUUUCCACCCUCUGCACGGAAGCAUUCAGUUUCUUUCUCUUGAGUAAAAUAGUUUCUUGAAUUCUAAGGCCAAUGAGAUUGUAGUGCCAUGCUUAUCCGAAAGGGAAGAGCUUGCAUGUUUAUGCGAGAAGCUGCCGGCGACGGACGGGGUCGGUUAGUCCCCUAUAGUAUACGCUAAUGAUUCCCGCGGCAUUUCUCCCCCUUCUCCCUCUUCUUAGGAUUGAGAGAAGUGCACAUGCCACAUGGACAUGCAGGCAAGAAAUGAAUUGUUUCGUUUUCGCGCUCCUCGUCUAAUAAGAACUAAAGUCAAUUCCCGUCGCGACAGCUUUGGCACAUCUAGUCUUGGUCUCUUAGGCGUCCGACGCCUCCGUUCUGCAACGGAACCCAGCAGUACUACAGCAAAUACUUCAUCUGGCACGAGCACAACUGGUGCAGCUCCUGCGGAAGAUAGUAAGACCUCCACGACUGACCAAAAUGCUGGUGGAGAUCUGAUGAAAGUGAACCGCGUGAAAACGGCUCCAGCUGAGAAAGGUUCUCGUCCUGCAGCUGCAAAGUCGUUUGCACCUAGAACUUCUUCUAGUCAUAGUAGAGGCGAGAGAGGAACAAGCAAGAGCAAGACGAGUAGAAGUCGAGACGAUGAGGCAGUUACGGCGUCCCCUAAUCCAUCUUUCGAGGCUGCAUCCUAAAGAGGCUAUUUAACUGAGAAAGGAGCUCAGGAUGAGUCUCCGGAUGGAUUAGUGAGAGCUCUAAAGCAGGCAGUGAACAUCAGACCACAGGUAGUAAAGAAAGUCUUUUCUCAAGCGCAUCAGCUUGCAUGCUAGGCUCUGGCGGUCAAGGUAAUUCAAGUGCAGACAAUAGUAAUGAAAAACUUCUGCCAAAAAUUGAGAACGGAGUCAGCACAAGAGUUGCAGACGCAACAUUAUCCUCGACUUUAUCAAGCCUUUUCUCAGAUUCUGACAGUGAGCGUGUGGUCGGUGACCAGAAUGCAACUGAAGAGAACAAGAAGAAUAAACGCGUUCGCAGACGUGGUAGUACGACUACUACAAUGCCUGCCGACUCCAUCGCGGCCAUGGCGGCAAACGACGAAGCUGGAGUCGAGGAGGGGGGUGGUCGAGGAAGUGGAGAUCAAGCGACUGAAGUGGAGAAGCGAAGACGGAGAGUCAUUAGCGUCAAUCGCAGUAAAAAAAAGUCCUCUGGUAGCGAUGCGCAGACAAACAAGAUGACAAAAUUAAGGCUAGAAGAAAUCCAUCUUCACAGGCAUCCUGAGAAAUCCAUCAUUCAAGGGGAGAAAGGUCCUCGGAUGCGUCUCAAGAUGGAUUUCUAUUAGUUCUAACAAAAGACGACCACGAUGUAGAUAGAGGAAGCUGUACGGAAGAGGCAGAUGUUGAUAGAACCGAAGAUGCUAAAGAUUCAAGACGAAACCAUCGUCCAACCAUCACUGCGGGACAUAUCGCUGGCGUAUUUCCAAGGGAGGACUCUAUGGGGGAAGGCAAGAGAGUCGCAAACAUUGGAGGCCGAAAGAACCAAGCAAUAAUGCUCAGCACGACGCGUCCUUCCGCUGCCUUUAAUUAAGUCUAGACGUAUCUUGUUGGUGGCCGGAUCGGGAAAGUAGAGCGGGUGGUCGCUAUCUUCCAGGAUUCUUCCUGCGUCGACCUCUCACUCUUCUAUGACUAUGUGAUCCCCCAGAACCAGAAGUUCAAGUUGAAGUAAGAGUAUCUAAUGUAGCAGAGCUGUCCCUUUCGAGGACCGAAGCAUUCGCGCAGAACGGCUCACAAGCGUUGACCACGAUAUCUUCCGCGUCUAUUCCCCACAGAAACUCGCGUAUGACCGACACAACGGAGGAGCGCUAGUACAUAAGGGGUCUCUAUUCACUAUGGCAGUGGGGCUGAAACUCAAACUAAAAGUAAAUGAACUUCGAAAACUCAAAAUAACCGAGUUACUGACUGAAAUAAGGGAGGUAGCUUAACGCCAAGUGGCUACUCUUCCUUCUCAUAAGUUGCAUCUCGGUUAUUCUCGUCUGUUACUCGCUUAUUUUAGUUUUUCGAGUACAUGAAGUAGAUGAAGUAGAUGCACAACUAGACAUCCUCGUAAGGAGUUGUACAGCGUCGACGUGUAGUACAACUACCUACUUUUUUUUUGGUCAUGCACUGAUUCUUGAAAAUGAAACUCAAACUACCUUCUAAUCGUCAAGGAAAGAAGACUACUUCGAACGCUACUUCGACGAAUGUUAAGGCUUCAGGUAAUCCAAUCUCCAGAAGCAUCUUGGGGCCAUCCUGUAAGGGAAAAGCAAACCCAGGAUGCCACUCAAGAUGGAUUCCAGGAAGCUCUAAGAAUGGUUUGCUUCCAUCUUCGUCCACUGCGACGACCACAACUGCUAAAGCCGCAGCGAUCAAGAGGGAACAUUUAGCGCUGAUGCAAGACAAUGCUCUCACAGUCGGAAAAGAUCCUCCUAUGCUUGGAGGAGGCACGUCGGCGCUGAGGCUGUUGACUCAGGAACUACAUCUGUUACGGCAUCUUGUUGAGGAACUACAUUCUCAUUCAUUAAGUAGAUUAUAUAUAUAUAAGUACUUCUUGUUCAUUCUUGACUGAUACUUCAGUUAGGGCUGCACUGGAUCCAUUAUAAUUAAGGCCUAACCGAAUAAAAGGGGUUCUUGUACCAAGAUAGAUACUCUAGACCUCUACAUACGGUGUACUUUUCGGUCUACUACUUUUCUACCUUGUUCCUCCUCUAAUUCUAGAGCCAACAAGGAAUGCGAAUAACAGGAAGGGCAACCGAGAGCCGAGUCCGAUCGAACUUAGUCGAUCGAAAUUCGACAAACUAAGGAGUCGGCUCGGUCCGAUCACAAACCUGGAUCUGGCAAAACUACCCUGGUUCUCGUCAGCAGAGUGA